AUAACCGACCACACACCUCGAACCUCACUCCCCUUCCCACUACAACCAACUCAGCGAUUCCUUAACGGGACUCACAGCUAGCAAUGGUCCAGUUUGAAGCAAAACAAAAUGUAUUUACGUUACGACGGGAGGAUUGUCGGAUGACAAUUCAUCGCGAUACAGGAAAAAUCGUCGUCGAACCAGAAGAGUUUGAGACGAUUAAGCGUACCAAGGCGAACAGUGUAACAUUAUUUGGAGCUGUCCAGUUAAAAAGAGACAAAUACAUCAUUCUGGCCACGGAAAAGACGUGUGCUGCUCAGAUUUUGGGUCAUCGUAUUUACCGUGUAGACAAAUUUGAAGUAAUUCCGUACCAUGGAGGUUAUCCAGAGGAUCAAGACGAGUUGGACCUGUAUAAUUUGCUCGUUCGACACCUUGGUACGGGACCCUUUUACUUUUCAUACACUUGGGAUCUGACGAACUCGUUACAACGUUCUUGUUUAAACGAAUCGAAUGAACCCAAUUACAUAAAGUCUGACAAGCGGUUUUUUUGGAAUGAGUUUGCUUGUCAGGACUUUAUUGAGUGUGCUAAAGCUUUUCCUCAGGUUGCCCAGUUCAUUACACCUAUGAUCUACGGCUUCAUCAACUCCGCGUCGACAAUGAUCAAAGGCAGAGCUGUUACUCUUGCUCUUAUCUCCCGUCGUUCCAAGCGGAGGGCAGGAACUCGUUACUUUACGCGUGGUUUAGACGCUAAUGGCAAUGUUGCCAACUUCAACGAGACCGAGCAGGUCACCAUUGUGUCUGAUCGCAACACAGAUGUCACGUUUGCUCAUGUACAAACUCGCGGCAGUGUCCCUGUCUACUGGGCCGAGGUGAAUCAUCUUCGCUACAAACCCAUGCUUAUUACAAAUCCAGUUCCUACCGCGCUCCCGGCGGCCAGGAAGCAUUUUGAUGAACAGAUUUCCAUUUACGGUGAGCAAACGCUGGUAAACUUGGUUAACGACAAGGGCCACGAGCUUCCCGUAAAGCAGUCGUAUGAGGGCAUCGUGAAGCUUCUGGACGAUCCUAAAAUUCAUUAUCACUACUUUGACUUCCACAAGGAGUGCAGCAAGAUGCGCUGGGACCGGGUUUCCCUGUUGCUUGAUGCAAUUGAGCCAGAGUUGGAGAACCAAGGCUACACGACCCUGGAUCCUCAAGCCCAUAAGGUGUUAUCUCAUCAAACCAGCGUUGUUCGUACGAACUGCAUGGACUGUCUUGAUCGCACAAACGUUGUUCAGAGCUGCGUUGGUCGUUGGAUGCUGACAAAGCAACUUCGUCAAUGUGGUAUCCUCGGUGAAAACCAGCCUGUGCAGUCUGUUCUUCCUCUGGAGCGAAUUUUCCGUAACAUUUGGUCGGAUAAUGCCGAUCUGGUGAGUCGCAGUUACUCUGGUACCGGUGCGCUCAAGACGGAUUUCACUCGCACUGGUAAGCGUUCUCGUCGCGGUGCAUUCCAAGACUUUAUGAACUCUGCCAAGCGUUACCUCCUGAACAACUAUUUUGAUGGACCCCGCCAAGAUGCUUAUGAUUUAGUUCUUGGCAACUUUACGCCUUCUCCCGACUUUCACUACAAUACCGAUUAUAGACCCCUUAAGAUCCAGUGUAUGCCUUAUAUGAUUCUGGGAAGUUUACUUCUCAUGUUCAUUUCGUUCUUUGCUACUCCCAAGAGUAAGCCGCUUGUGCCUUCCGGGUUCCUGUUUUUGUUCUCGCUCGUUUCGCUUAUCGUUUCCGUGUACCAAUGCUGGAGUAAUGGAAUGCAACAUGUCAACUGGCCCAAAUUGGUUCUUCCCAGCUUCCUCCAUUCUGUCUACACAAAGAAGGGUCGUGUGUUUAAAGUGAAUGGUCAACUUGACAAGCGUUUGGAUUAAGUGCAUAUGGAAAGGAGGUGCAGCAGAAAGAGCUGUGCACGAAGAAGUGAAGGGCAUCUCAUUUUUCCAUCCCCCUUUCCUUCCUCUCCCUUUUUCGUUUGCAAUCGUUCGUUUUGUUGCAAAGGUUCUAUUUACAUCCAACUAAUUAACAUCUAUCUUUCAUUUACCGUGUUAUUACUAUGAGACUGUUUUAUUUAGAAGACAGUAAUGUUUUUAUUUCUGUUUUGUUCUAUGUGAGAAGGAUGGUAACAUGGAGUGAGCAAUU